GUUGCCAACAAAAAAAGGUGGAUACACGAUCCUAACAAUGAACUCUGCCGUCCAUUAAACUGCAGGAAAUCAGAAAUUUGUCUUCUUGAAGAUGCAUUUACGGCAGUUUGCAUUUCUAAAAAAGUGCUGCUUAAAUCAAGAUCCAUUGUAGUUCCAAGAACUACUCAGCAGCGUAAGAUGCAGACGGAUACUUUGGUUAGUGCAGAAGCUGAUGAUGCAUUCCUUGACUCUGAAGAUGACGAUGAAGAUCAUGAUGAAUGGAAAUGCCAAGGGUGUGACGUGCAAAAGCCAGCUUUUCUCUGCGGCAGUGACAAUCGUACUUACAGCUCUUACUGCCGUCUGGAAUAUCAUAAUUGUAUCCACCAUGUCACAGUACGCCUGAAGUGCAUAGGUUUCUGCCCUUGCAAAAAUAAUGACCUUCAUGCCCACAAAAAAAUGGAGAGACAAAAGAUGAGUAAUUACAAGAAUAAUCAUGAUAUAACUCUUACACCCCGAGAUUUCAGCUUUGACAAUCAUCACUACCAGUAUCUAAAGUAUUCAAAAAAAAUCCAGCACCCGCACGCUAUGAAAGCCCUGAAGCACGAUGACAAGAUCUUUAAGAGCAACGAAAAAAUUAAUAAGAAAAACGGAUCAUCACACAUAGUAUACCAAUCGCAGCAACAAUCGACGAUGUCUAAAUUGAACGACUCACAUAACAGCGUUGACUGUCCACCAUCAUCGAAGCCUACGAUAGCCAAUCGACUCCUUGACUGGUUCUCUGUCAUCAUGACUGAUUCCAAGCACCGUCGCCAGCAUUCUAAGCCACAAGCAUAUAUGACUAAAGCAAAGAAAGCUGGAGCACGAAUGUAUCAACCUAAAGAUUAUAAAAUCAGCUAA